UCGCCGUUGCCGAGAUUCUCCAGCCGAGAAGGGUGAUGAAGCUGCGAGUGAGGAACGGAAUGAGAGAGCGAGAGAGAGUGUGAGAGCGAGAGAGGGAAAGAGAGCGAGGGAGAGCAAUGGAGGGAUAAGGAGGGUGCGAAUGAGGAGGUACAGGAAGACUGCGGUGCGGAGGUGACGGCUGCGUUGAAGCUGAAGUUGGGUUCUUCCAGGUAAUUCCCCCGGAUUCCUGUUUGGACAGGAGCGGGUCGUGCGUGGUUACGGCGAGCAGUCGCGUGGAUUGCGACUGCAGCGAUCGUUGGAGGAGAGGGAGGAGGAGCUGCUGCUGUGAAAGGUCCUGUCGGGAGACGUGCUUCGUUGCGGACUGUUGUUGCCCGAGGUCGGUGGUGGGUUGCGAUACUGGUCUCGUUUAAAGCGAGGACGUGGAUUUUGAGGGGUGGAGCGGUGGAGCUGCUGAUUUGUAGUGUGCAGGGACGGUAGGAACGGGAGGCUAGAAGUGUGGGCGAUGCAUUAUCGAUGUUGUUGCGGGCACGGGGACAGGUUUCUCGCGUGGCUCAGUAUUGGCUACUCAAGGGAUUUUUGUGUGCACUGCGUGGUGGAUGUAGAUUUUACAAGGUGAACAGCUCGAUUUAGUGUAUAUAUCCAAUCUCAAUUCGCUCGGGGUUUUAGUCUAGGAGCGACGGGGUUGAGGGUUUCAGGGCGUCAUGCUUAGGAUGAGGAUUCAGCUGAGACGGUGAUAUGAGCGCGGGAAAGAGGAUCAUAUGUUGAGCCAUCUUUUAGGGGAGCAGAGUAGGUGUAAUAUAAGGAGCAUUUGCAGCAGGAUAAAUUGAUGGAAACUAAUGAUUCCGGGGACGCGGAGGCUCAAGGAUAUUGCUAGUAUGCGAAUUCAAACUGAGGGUCGAAGUAGUACGGAGUUAUAAGAUUUGCGAAAAUUGGUGAAGGAUGAAUCUUCCCGGUGGGCUUGGUCAGCGGGGGGUUUUCAUAUGUGACCAUGAAUCUAAGAACAUAUAUGCAAAUUCCGCGUACCAUGAGAUGACUGGCUCUGAACCGGGGGAGCUGCUUGGUUUGGGAUGGAUUUCUUUUGUUCAUCCAGAUGAUUUGCCCAGUGUGUGGGCACUUGCAUUCGGCCAUUUUUCGCAAUCUACUCAUGAAGACCGACAGAUAAUGUUGAAAUUUGUGAAGUGGCAAUUGUGGAUCGGGCGUUAGUUGAACACUUCGGUUACGAAUUGCGCAAAGCGUCACUAGGGAUACCAAGCUUCAAAGGACCUCAGCUGAUUAUAUUGGGUCACGUGGGGCAGAGCCUUCCCUCUCAAAAAGUCCUAGUGGAGCUCGGCUGUUGCGCUUGCUUCAGCAGGCCUCCUCGGCAAGCCUACUUACGAGACGCGUUGUCGGUGGCUUUGUCUGGUGGAACCAAGCUGAUUCGUACCAAACCCGAUUUCACACUAGAUACAGUGUUAUGUCAUAUGUGCAGGACAUUUGAUUCGCUCUGCGCCUAUGAAUGGGAGAUACUCAACGGGGUCCUCCCAUGAGAGCCCUGUGUCCGCUUCAUCAACAAGCAAGAUCACUUUGGAGCAACAGACAGAUGCCUUGAAUAUUUCCACUUCACAAAUUUCAACAUUGGAGAUUACUGCUGUAAGAAAGCCAAGGAUUUUUGUAGUGGAAGACAACAAAGUGAAUCAAAUGGUUGCUCAACGCCUACUCAACAAUUUGGGGUGCCAGGUAGACGUAGCCAACGACGGUGUCGAAGCUAUUGAAAUCUUAGGACGGACGAACGACUACGACAUUAUAUUUAUGGACUGUCAUAUGCCAAUUAUGGACGGAUUUGAAACAGCGAAGAUGGUGCGGCAGAAAGGGUGCAUCUCACGGAACGUGCCAAUAGUGGCGUUGACAGCAGCGACGGCGGAGGGGGAAGUAGAGAAGUGUAUAACAGCGGGGAUGGACGAUUACAUUAGCAAACCAGUGACAAGAGGGAUUCUACAUAGGGCUUUAGACGAAUGGGUCGGGAAAAAUUCGAGGUGGGUUUAGGUCAGCUGUACAUUUUAGAAUUCCAAUUCCACUGUAGAUCUUUUAUGAGACCAGGACAAAGGAGCAUGAAACUGAUGCCGAUUGAGAAGCCCCUCUUAGAUGAGAAUGAAUCUUACUUUAGGUGUCCUGCGCUCCUUUGAAAUCAGUGCUCCUCAAUUGGAGGUCUAAUUUCCCUCCUUGAGGUUGUAAAGUAAUUUCAUUGACGAUACUGGGGAUUUUUCUACGCUACUGAUAAUUUGACGGAGAUAUUUAUAAUAUUGUCCAGAUUAUCUCACUA